GCUGCCUGCUACAAUUCUCAUUAUCUACCAACCUAGUAGAGACCCCUCAUCAAAUUACUUUGAAUUCACAAUGGCCGACAUCAAGCCGCCCUUUACGGAAGAAUCGGCACGGAAGAAGGUCAAAGCAGCCCAGAACCUGUGGAAUACUCAGGACCCCGUCCGCGUGGCACAGGCCUACACGCCGACUUGUAUCUGGCGCAACCGCACCUCAUUCUUCGCCGGAACAGAAGGCAUAGUCGAGUUCCUGACCGCGAAAUGGAAGCGCGAGAAGAACUACCGCCUGCGGAAGGAGCUGUUCUCCUUCACGGACAACAGGAUCGCCGUGCAGUUCUGGUACGAGUUCCAGGACGUCGAAGACGGACUGCGCUGGAAGCGCUGCUACGGGCUGGAGGACUGGACGUUCGACCGCGAGACGGGCAAGAUGUCCAAGCGCAUGAUGAGUGGGAAUGAUGUGCUGAUUGGACCCGACGGGAAUGGCGAAGGGAGGUGGUUUGUGGAUGGGCUAGAUGUCGAAGAGGCGGAAAUCGGGGAAGAGCAUUGGUGAUUUCAGCGCCAGGCUCCCACCACAGAGCAGAGCUGGUGAUAUCGUUAUGACUUCCUAUAGUGUAAUUGACGCACGCACGGACUUGAUAGGCACGAUAUCUCCGUGUCCGCAGCCGG